CAAGAAUAGGACUGAGAUUAAUAUACAAGAUGAGAUAUUAAGUUCAGAUAAAGAAUAUUAUUCAGCAGAUGAAGGACUAGAAUUUGAUCGUUAUUGUUAUAUCUGUAAACAAAGCUUUAAAUAUCCUUAUAUACUUAAACGACAUCAUCAAAUGAAAG